AUGAACUAUAGUAGGUGUUUAGUAGACGAUAUGAAAUUUAUUGAAUUGAUUAUAAUCAUACUAUAUUUAUCAAAUAUAUUCGCAAGAAGAAGACACAAGGUUAUUUCUUCUGAAAGUAUAGAAAAUAUUUUGUAUUAUAAAGGUUGUAAUCAUAAGCAAAGGCCAACUGCGACCCCCGUACAGCAGAUGCGAUCGUCGCCUCCUCAACAAUGUAAAAUGAUAUGCACAAUGUGCUGCGGAGACCAGUGCGUGGACAGUCAAAGGAUAGCUCCAGCACGACAGGCUCAAAAAUUAGAACCGAAAGUUCCACCAAUCUUAAAGCCUAAUAUGCAGAAAGAACGACGGAAAGACCAACCAAAAUUGUCACCGACUAUACCACAACGAAGAGGUCUAAGUUUUACAAGAGAGAACAUUAAAAGCCUUAUAUCAAAAGAUGAGGAUAUUAGAAAGAUCCUUAAGGACCUCGUCAGAGUGACGAUGCAGAAAGUUAAUUUAAUGCAAUUGAUUAAAGCAAAACAAAAUGUGAUUAAAAAAAAUUCUGAAAUGUCAGAUGAGAGUGGUUCUGAAAAUGUUUUA